AUGUUCGCCUGUGAGGGCGGGCAGAUUUUAACCUGCGGUCUAAACGACUGCAUGCAGCUCGGGCUGGAGACGACGAAUAAGAUUGUGUACACCCCAACCCCGGUCCCCCUGCUUUCCGGGGUGGAGUCCUACACGAUGAGCUUUGGGGGGUACCUGCAGCCCGGUCAGCCCUCCUCACCGGUGGCGUCGAACGGGGUGAUGGAAAACAGAAAGGCCGAGUUCCCGCGGAAGGAUACCGACUCGUCGAUUCAUCCGUUAAGCGACAAGCCGCAGUCGUUAAUUACGAAUAGCACCAUACAGAAUGGGGAGCCCAUCCACUUUAAUACCAAUAAUGGCCAAGGUCAUCAUCCGUCCGCUAAAACUGUGUUGGAGAACGAUUCCGAAAUCAGUCCAUCAGUCAAUGGAACGGGCACACAUGAAGGCAAACCACCCCCCGCGGGGCGACCGGGAUAUCCCGAAGUAGCGAACCCCAUCAGCGGCAGGAUCAAUAUUACAUCAAACAACAUCCCUAAUGAACCCAUUAUAGUUUCCAGCACCGAUAAUCAAGCGUCAGAUCUCCCUAAUAAUCCUUCGGUACCACAUCGCAAAGUAUCAUCGACUAUCAGGUAUCAAUACACAGGGAAGACCAACAAACUAACGUGCGGAAAGUGUUGUAUAGUGAUGUAA